AUGUUGGCCAUCAGCCAAUGGGGCGGUUGCAUUAUGGGUUAUGCAGAUGUGGUUUCGCCAUGUGCUCGUUGUUUGAGUACGUGCGGCGGGGCGUGGCCAGGCCGCAGUUUAUGUUUUCGAACGCUGGGAAUCGGAAUCAGAAAGUUGACAGAACGUUGGGAUAACAGGAUGCUGUUACAGUGGAACUCUGAGGUGAGACUGCUUCGAAUUGGAUCCCCUUUAACUGUCUGCUGGGAAAAAUAGUGUUCAUGUCCAAGUCUUCUCUGAAGACAUUUAUUUUACUUCAUGUCUUAUUGCUUUCCUUAAUGUAUAAAAUAUGAAUGGAGAAAAGGAAACCUUUAAACAUGCAGAACACGCAUACAAUAUUUAUAGUCAAGUUUUAUUAUUGUAGCAAUACACUGUGCCAUUUUACUGUAAAUAUUUCAUGGUUAUUGCAUUUUCCUAUUCCUUUAAAUAUAGCAGAUUUAGUCAUUUCAUUUCUCAUUUAAACGUUUUAGUUGCUGUUUUGUAGUGCUUGUGGUAAACAAAGGAAAAUCAUUUUGCCAAUGUUCUUUAAUUGUGUAUUGUAAUUCGCAUUUUAAUUAAGUGCAAAGUUAAAUCAAAUAAUUUAAAGGCAAAACUAUCCCAAUCUUACUGAAUAUAUAUUAUACAGUACAUUCUAUUCAUAAACAUUGCAUUUUAUAAAACUGUUGGAUGUGUUCUAUUUUCAGUGUGACGGUCUGAGCCAACUAAUGGAAUCCGGCUCUGAAGUGAAUCUUCCUGCUGACACUGUAGGACAGUCUCCUGUGCAUCUCGCUGCUGGUGGAGGAGAAGCCUUUUUCCUGCUUUGGCAACUACAGACUGGGGUUGACAUCAAUCAGCAGGUAUAAUGCAAAACGUUACAUUAACUAUUUACAUUAAUACGUUCUUUUCUGUGUAAAGUAUUAUCCAACAGAAUAUCUGUACAGACAGGUAAUGCUUAAUGUUAUUCUUGAUUUAGCAUAAAUAUUCUACCUCUGGGUCCAGUCCUACAUUACAAUUUUACAAAUAAUUGUUUUAAACUAUUUUCUAAUAUCCAAUUUGUCAUAUUAUAUAUGAAAUUUUGUCUCACAUUUUACAAACUAUUUUGUACUUUUACAGGAUUGUUUUGGUGAAGCACCAAUCCAUAAAGCAGCCCGAUCAGGAAGCUUGGAAUGUCUAAGUCUUCUGGUAGCCCAUUUCGCCAGAAUAGAGUAAGUGUUUAUUUAAUUACAUUAGAGUAACAUGCAGUGCUUGUUUAUGAAAUUCUGAGGGGAGAAGUAAGACUUUCAUUAAACUUCUGCAUUUUCGUUUGUUUUCUAGCAUAAGCAAUAAAGAGGGAUAUACCCCUGAAGACCUUGCUAUUUCUGCAGGAUUUUUGGAAUGCGCAAAAUAUCUUGCAACAGUUAGACAUACCCAAAAUACAUCUUCACAAGCGCAAUCCUCACUACAGGAAAUGAAGAACCCAACUGCUGUAAUGAAGCGAGGCCAACAAUGCCUUUCAGUAGCUUACGGGAAGAGAAGGAGAUCUGAUGGUGAGUUAGGAGUGUAAUCUAUUUUUAUGUUAAUUCUGCAAGGUGUUUAUUUUUAUUUAUAAAAUCAGCUUUACUAGUUGGAUUACCUUAGCUUAUAUCUGAUGUAUUUGGAUAUCCUUUUCUCUUUAAUAUUUACUGUUUUAUAUUUAAAUGUUAGUUUGUAUGUACAUUUUGUUUACUCGGUAUGCUGCACUGCAUAAUCUGUUCAGCGUCUUAAAAAUACACUCCACUGCAUCCCCUCCCCCAAUAUGAGAGUCACUGUUCGGUAUAAACCCCCAAUGAAAACAUGCAUGCAUGCAUUUAAUCAUCCAUUUUUUCACUGGGGAAAGCUGUACAUCUCUGGUCUGCAACCUUGUUAGCCAUCUCCUUCCUCAGCCAAGACCAAUCACAGACUUUCCAAUGCAGCUCAGUAAACAUUCUCUGGGUAAUUGCUGGUUUCUUAAGUAUAGCUCCACUGCACUAAACAAACAAGGAAGUAACGGACAGCUGGGGGUUGUACCAAGGUAAAAGUGUUACUCCAAGCAAGACCACUUAUGCUAUUUGGAGUAGUCCUGGUGCCUGGAGUCUGUAUGUGCAGUGUUUUGCUAUAAAACAAUGAAUAUACAGUGGUUAAUCACUUAGCCAUGUAACUUCACCUCUGGUAGUGUUAUUAGACAGCCCAGAACUAACUCAGAUUUGUGUAAAUUUGGCAUUGACGCCACUGCUCACAGCACGUUGGCACAAUACAGCCAAUGGCAGCACAGUCCCUCAGUUCAUCCUCCCUCCAGUCGGUUUCUUAUAUACUGGUAUAUUUCAAUACUACUUUAAGAAACAAACACUCAAUUGCUAAAUUCCCUCCUAAAAGUUUAACCACACACUUUGAUGUUAAUAGUCUUCCUCUGUUAAGAAUCAGUUUGUAUGCUGUAAAUGCUUCACACUAAUCUCAGCUAUCAAAUACCUGUAUGCUCGCAAACCUUUUUAGAACAUAUUCUUAAUUCCUUUUUUUUUUUUGACAGGCUUCAUGUAACCAGAGCAGCAGUAUGUGAUGACCCAUUUCUGCUUGGUCGUAAUAAGCUUCAACAAGGAGUUACCUCAUUUAUGUGCUUAUGUUAAGCUGAUCUAUGUCCUUUCUCAUAGGAAGAACUGUAUUUAAGAAGACAAUUUUUGUCUGGAUUAUUUUUUUGUAACUGUGCAUUUUAUACAAUUUUUGUAAAAUAAAAUUAUUUAUUUUUCCAAGCACUCUGUAUUCUUAAAAGUAAAACUCAAUGUGUGACAGGACCUGUCACUUCUAAGACGUCUGACAAUGCAAAUUCUGUAUUUGUCAAUAUAAUAUACCAAUAUAUUUUGAAAUUGAAAAAACAAUAUUGCUGGAAGUAUGCAUACAGCCAUCUUAACAGAAAUUAAGUGUUUCAAUUACCACCUGGUUUGUGUUUUAAAUCCAAUAUAUGUAAUUUGAGAAACUAAAUCGUCCCUAAAUUUUAGGCACAGGUUUUCAAGUUCUCUAUCCUGAUAGGGUACCUCCAGAACCUCCUGUUUCAGAGAUGUAAAACAGAUAAUUUUUCUGUUAGAGGCUGGCUAAGAGUGACUGGCAACACUCAAAAUUGACACCCCAAUUCCGAAUGGGAGAGAGUUUGAUUACACUGCUUUUUAAAUCCUCUGCAGGCUAAUUAUGCCUGUCCUUUGGCAAAAAUCUUGCUGUGCCUUAUAGAACGGAAGGGGUUAGAGCAAUGAAUUAAGCAAUCACAAAUGCUGCAAAACCCACCAAGAUGUGUUUUAACCCUAAACACAGAAUUACAUAUUGCUUGGGUAUUUUAAUAAGCAACUGUGAAAGUGUCCAGACCACUUGAAUACAGAUUAAAUAACUUUCUGCGAUGACAGAGUAAACGGAACACGUAAAAAGCUGUAUAAAGCAAACAUUGUUGAUAGAAGUACACAAAGUUUAGAUCAUUGUUGGUCGCUGAGGUAAGCAUAAAUUAUAAUACGCAUCUGGGCUCCAGAAAUCUACUCCUUUCCAACCACACCAUCCCUGAAAAAUGAAAGUAGAGUACAUUCUGGUUAGAAGGCUAGAAUAUUUUUUUUCCAGUAAAUAAAACUUAAAACUGAUUUCUAUACUGAUAAUUGCAAG